AUGGGAGACUCCAAGUCGGUUGAGGUGUCGAAUGAUCCCUCAAGCCAUUUCUAUAUUCAUCACUCUAAUACUCCAAGGAUGCAUCUUGUUUCCACUCUACUUAUUGGAUACAAUUAUAGCACAUGGUCUCGUUUAAUGCAUAUUGCCCUUAGCGCAAAUAACAAAUUUGGUUUUGUUGAUAGGUUUGUGAAGAAGCUGUCAGACAAGAAAGCAACUGAAGCUGCUUUGGCAAUGCUUGUGGUUUAUGCAGAAACUGCACAUGUUGUUUGGGAGGACCUUAAGACUCGUUUUUUCGCAAGACAACGUUUAUGGGAUGAAUUAUCUUCUUACGGCAACCAUAAAAACUGCUUAUAUGGUGCCAUGGAAGACCGUAACGAGAAAGAAGAACAGAAUAAGGUUAUGCAAUUUUUAAUGGGGCUUGAUGAUUCAUAUAUAGUAAUGAGAGGUCAGAUUAUGCUUGUAAAGCCAUUGCCUUCAGUGCUCAAAGUUUUUUCAAUGGUUAGCCAAGAGGAGAAGCAACGUGGAAUUGCAGCCAUCCCAGAACCAAGUGUGGAAGGAGCAGCCAUGGCAGUUCAAGGUGGUCGAGGUAAUCAGCACAACCAUGGUAGCCAAAGAAAUCGCAAGCCGCUACAUUGCGAUUAUUGUGACAUGGACCAUCACACCAGGGAGACUUGCUACUGGCUUCAUGGAUAUCCCGAGGACCAUCGUCUUCAUAAAAAGAAUAAAGGAAAGAGCCGCGGUAAGGAGGGAAAACCUGCGACUAACCAUGUUCUAGCAACAACUUCUUCAACUUCUUCAUUUACAUCAACAACAUCGAUGACUUUUACUCCUGAGCAGCUUCAACAACUCUUUGCUAUGAUGGCUGGAAAUUUGCCAUAUGAAGCACAGACCAAUGCAAUCACAUGUUUGUCUUCCCAUCAUUCACAAUAA